GCACAAGUUAAAGGACACCCAAUUCUCUUGAUGUUGGAUAGUGGGUCUUCCGGGUGUAUAGUUUCAGCAAACUUUCUGAAAGACAAAGACAUAUCAAUUGAUCGCUCUUCAACAGUAGUAAUGAUUGGGGUACAUGGGGAACAAAAAUGCCCUUUAGGUAAAAUAGAUAAAUUUCUAAUAACUGUUGGAGACAAAAUAAUCACUUUGCGAGCCAUCAUAACAGAUGCUGGAAACUACACAGAUAAAAAUAUCGAUAAGUAUUGUAAACCUGCGAAUAUUAACAAGCGGAUUAAGAAGAAAAGAAAUUCAGCUACAAGUGAUAAGAGUAUCGAGGAAGAGAAAUAUACAUCAGAAGAAGAAACUGAAUCAGAAAAGGACAAAAGCAAUGAAAAUAAAGAAUACUAA